AUGAACUCACAAGUUAUUGCACAGUUUAUGUCACACGAUGACACUCCCCUGGGAAGUGUACUACAACUACCCACAAGCAUAACACUAGAAUCCCUUAAAGUACUUCUACCACCAGAUACACUUGACAGGGACCGAAUGAGAAUGUUCAUCCACGGCUCAGAGAUUAUAACCACCCUUGGAGAAGCCCAUAAGAAAGAGAAAGUUGAAAGUGAGGAGAUACUCAAAAUAUACUGCUACCCAGACGACCCACCAAAGAAGACCCGUGCACCCGGGUACUUGGCAUCUUCAUGCUCUGGCCAUACAGCAGCCAUCUUAAGCGUAAAGCAGAGUCCAUGCAAGCAGUACGUGUGCAGUGCAUCAGGUGAUGGUACGGUCAGGUUCUGGAGUGCAUCCACAAAGACCCCGAUUAAAUCAGUAAAGUUAUUCCAGCACUGGAUCCAGUGCAUUGAAUUCUCACCCGACUCGAAAUGGCUUGCAGCCGGUGCCAUGAACGGAGGUGUGUCCCUGAUUAGCAUGGCGGACUUAUCGGUGGUGUACUCCAAGAAGAUCCACAAGGACGGUGCCACUUCGAUCGCAUGGCGUGCGGACAGUGAAAUAUUCGCGACUGCCUCCAGGGACAGCAGUGCCAGUGUGUGGAACACGACCGGGCACGUAAGGAGUACAUUCCAUGAGAAACCUGUCAUAUCCGUAAAGUAUUUCGGUGACUAUUUACUCUCCGCGGGCAGGGACACCACCAUAAAAGUAACCGAUGAUUCGGGUUCUGUUGUACAAGUGCUUAGAGGGCAUAUUUUAUGGGUUACUGGCCUGGCCGUGCACAAUGGGAGUGAUUUAGGGAGGUACUUAAAGAAAUCAGCAGGUGCUGAGAUGGGUGCAGGCAAGGGGUUCUUUGUAAGUAUCAGUGAUGAUAAGACUGCUGUUAUGUGGCGGCCUUCUUGGGUUAGUGAUAAUUCAUGGAGUUUCCUGCCCGUACGUAAACUGACUGGUCAUAAGGACGUACUGACGAGUGUAAGUAUUUCAUUAAAUGGGGCGUACAUAUCCACAUCAUCAUUUGAUAAGACCGUUAAGUUAUGGACAUCUGUUAAUGGGUAUUUAUCACACACGUUCAAGUCACACACGCUGUUAGCGUAUCAGACUGCAUUUUCUACCACAGGGAAUUUACUUGUAUCUUGUUCUGCUGAUAAGACGGUUAAAGUGUACUCAGUUGAGAAGAAGACGCUUUUAUCCGAUUUUGUGUGCAAGGACCAAGUGUUUGCGAUCGACAUAAAGGACGGCAUGAUCACAGCCGGAGGGAAGGAUAAAUUAGUAUAUUUCUUUACAUAAUCAUAUAAUAAAGUGCACU